GGAGUGUUGAGGGAGUAAAGAAGUAGACACUCUACCGAAGCUCUCUCAAAAUGACACUGGAAAAUGGCUGACACGGAGUAAGAAAGAAUGUCUAACGUCAAAGUAGCUGUACGGACAAGGCCCCUGAACAAAAAGGAAGUUGAUCAGGGGGCCAAGUUCAUUGUUGACGUAAAUGGAGAUACGCUGUCAAUUACUAACACAAAGGUGGAGUCUCUCAGUGAGUAUGGAGACAGUCGAGAGAGAGUUAAGCACUUCACAUUUGAUUACUGUUACAACUCGUAUGAUCAGCCUCAGUCUCCCAUCUAUGCCUCGCAGGAACUGCUGUUCCAAGACCUGGGUACAGAAGUGCUGGAAGCAGCCUUUGAGGGGUACAAUGCCUGUGUGGUUGCUUAUGGUCAGACCAGUACUGGGAAGACCUACACUAUGAUGGGGCAUCAUGGUGAAGUGGGUCUAAUUCCAAGAAUAUGUGAGGGGUUGUUUGCAAGGGUUGAUGACUAUGAGGCUGACGAGAUCACCUUUAGAGUGGACAUCAGUUACCUGGAAAUCUACAAUGAGCGUGUGCGAGACAUGCUGAACUGUAAAGACAAUGAGAGGUACACCCUGAAGGUGCGGGAACAUCCCAAGGAGGGGCCCUAUGUUCAAGACCUGUCCAGACACCUUGUGAAAGAUAACGCUGAAAUACAGACUUUGCUGGAGAAGGGCAAUGAUCUCAGAGUGACGGCUGCCACUCACAUGCACGACCACAGCAGUCGCAGUCAUGCCAUCAUUACCAUUACAUUUACACAGGCCUCUCUAGUAGAUGACCUUCCCAGUGAAAUCAUCAGUAAGAUUAACCUUGUGGAUUUAGCUGGCAGUGAGCGUGCAGACACCACUGUGAAGACGGGAUACAAGGGCAGGUUAAAAGAAGGAGCUAAUAUAAACAAGUCUCUUGUCACACUGGGAAAUGUCAUUAAGUCAUUAGCUGAGAAGUCCUUGUUAUCCUGGAGCACAGAGAGUAUGUCCAGUUUACACAACAGCUCUGCCAGCGAGACCAUGACAAGCCCUCACUCCAGUCCCCGUAAACAGCGUUCCUUCUACAUUCCAUACCGUGAUUCCGUCCUCACCUGGCUGCUCAAAGACAGCCUCGGUGGCAACUCCAAAACCAUUAUGAUUGCUACCAUAACUCCGGCCAGCUCAUACUACAGCGAAUCCUUGAGUACAUUACGAUACGCACAGCGAGCGAAAAGUAUCAUCAACAAACCAAAGAUAAAUGAGGAUCCAAAUGUGACCAUAAUUAGAGAGAUGAAAAGAGAAAUAGAGAGACUGCGUCAGAUGUUGGCAACGGCACAAAUGACUAGCUCACAGCAGAAUGAGAUAGUGUUUAUUGUUCCCAUCAAACGUAAAAAGCAUGAGUCGGAGUCUGAUAAACAGGCUGGACCUCUGAUGUCACUGCAGGAGUCCGGCACUAAUACAUUCCUGUUUGAAAGAAUCCAAGAGAAUGAGGACAAGGCCAAUCAACUAACCAAAACCUGGCUGGACAAGUGGCAGGAAACACAAGAUAUCCUGGAUGAAUCUGACCUGAGCAUCCGGCGACCUCUGGGCAGGCGGGCAAGCUCUCAAGGCGUGAUCGUGGACUCUCAGCUACCUCACCUGAUAGGGAUGGACGAUGAUAUUCUUAGUACAGGGGUCAUCAUUUAUCAUCUCAAGGAGGGGAAGACAAGGAUUGGCAAAGAGGAUGCAAACCAGGAGCAGGACAUAGGGCUAUGUGGUCCUUGUAUACAGAGGGAACACUGUAUCAUCAAAAAUGUACUGGGCACAGUGACCCUCUACCCAAACCGUGGGGCGCUGUGUGCAGUGAAUGGGAUUGACCUCAGGGAACCUCAGAGACUCACCCAAGGGGAUGUUAUCCUCCUGGGGAAAACCCAUAUGUUCAGAUUUAACCACCCUGAAGAAGCAGCCAAGCUCCGAGAGCACAGACGGACCCAGAGCCUUGUGGAUGCUAGUGAUAUGUGUGACACAGGGAUGGAUGGUGCCAGCUCCCCAAACCUCACACUCCCAACAGAGGUUGCCUCCCCUGUCGCAGCUUCCCGACCUCAGAUGAGAAUGUUCACAGCAAGGCGAGAGCUGGAAGAGGUGCGUGAGGCACAGAGACAGACGGAGGCCACAUAUCAUGAGAAGGAAGACACGGUGUUCCGGGUGCAUGAAGAGCAUCGUGCAGAGAUUGAGCAGCAGAAGGCCAGACUGGCAUUGCUGAUUGAGGAGGCACAGGCAGAUCGUGCACGAGCUGAAGAGGAGAUGAUAGUCGCACGACAACGGCUGGAGGAUGAGCGAGAGGAACAUGCUACAAUGUUGGCAAUAGAACUUACCAAGCUGGCAGAAAUUCGAGAAAAACAGAAGCUUCAGCGGGGAGUGGGCAAUCAGUCUGAAUCUUACUUAGAGGGUGAUAAUGAUGACACAGAAACAGAUGUCCCUGGAGAUUUAGUCAGCCCAACUGUGUGUCCGGAAGGGAAAGCCCUCAGAGUGAGAAAGACUUCCAUAGAAGGAAAAAUUAAGGAUUUGGCCCAGGUUGAAAUGAUGCAGAAAUGGUCAGAGCGUGAGACGGAAGUGGGCCUGGCCAGGCAAGAAGAGGAACUAGAGGACCAGUUUGAACACACCCAGGAACAAAUCCUCCUUCAUCAACAAAAGAUCCAAGAGAUAGAGGAUCGCUACAAAGCCACAGAUGCUUCUCACUAUGAAGAAAUAGCUGCACAAGUCAAGGAACUAAAUGCUCUUCAAAGAAAAGAGGAGCAAUUGGAAAUGUACCUCGAGGAAAAACAGGAUUUGCUGAAGGUGGAGGAGUUCAAACCCCAGCCUUUGAGAGGAGCUUGUAGUGCUGAGCUGUUGACAGAAGUGGAAACAGCUGAAAUAUUUGCUCAGAAGUUCUCUGGAAGACGCGGAAGUGAUGGAGAUCUUCCGGCUAGGGGAUAUAUGUUUGCUGCAGACAGCUCGUGCUCCCUGAAUACUACCUCAAAGGAAUCAUCUGAUGGUUCUCACAGUUUACAUAGUGCACAGUCAGCAUCAAAUAUGUCGCUGGAUUCCCUGAGUGAAACUCAGUUAGCUGAUAAAUCUAAAGACAUCGGCUCCAAGAAAAUAUCCCACCGUGCUCAGUGUGUCACUGAUAGGUUGUAUAAGGCUCCCCCCAACAAACCACGGAAACAGGCAACUAAGGAAAGCCAAUUAGCCAACUCUACUGACAGGGGUACUAAAUCUUCAAACUCAGGAAGCCGUGAUUUGAAAACCAAAAAACCGCCAGUAGAAAAAUACAGUCAUUCAAGGCAUAAAUUGGGGCUCAAAGGUCACCACAUACAGCAGAAAACGAACCAGCGUAAAAAAGGAACAAACACACAGUCCUCUGAGAAAUCAACACAGCCCAAAUCUAGUAUUUCGCCUAAGAAAGCAGCCCUACCAGGUGUAACUAAAAAAGGCAUUCCAGUGAAAGCUUUUGAAGCAUUUAAUCCUUCACAAGGCUCUGACCAGUCUCACAGCAUAACUGACAGUGGACAGCUUUACAGAGCCCCGUUCAGACCAGGGUUUUGCUUAAGGCAAGUCUCCAGUGCAUCCAGUCUGGCCAGUGUACCUGAGGAUGAGCGAGAGGAGACAGAACUGGACGAUACUGUCACUCAGUCCGAGACUGACAUCACAUCUGGUGUGGUUCUCCGGAAGAGAAGUCGUCGCCUUGGUCGUGAUGAGGAAUACAAAAGGCAUUCUGCUCCUGUAGGAGAUAAAUUAGCAUCCUACAGUAACAUCAUGACACCUGGACUCCCUUUGCAGCAGUCAAAGAUGAGUUUGGCGGGAGAUAACCAUGCCAAACAGUUUGUUGCGAAAAAGGGACCUUCAGACUUGGUAUGGAAAAGUCAUGUCAGAAGGAGAAGCCCUCAAAAUGUGUCUGAUCCUGAUCUCAAUAAAUACACUUCCAGCUCUGCCAGCAGAUCUGAAUCAGAGGAGGAGUUCUUCAGUGCUGGAGGUAGUUCUAGUAGUAUUCCUGUAAUAGUAAUUACAGAUAACAGUGACAAUGAAAUGAGGCUUUCAACAUCACCAGAAUGUACAUUCCAAGACAGUGCUCAGAUGGAGGGGAUUUUGGAUAACACUGAUGUGUCUAUGAACAGUUCCACAGUCACCAUUGCCAGCACUGUCAUUGAAAACCCAGAUUAUUUCUCUAGCUCUGAUGACAGCAUAUCUGCUUGUGGCCAGGAUACUCCAGCUCUUGACCCUGUGGAAGGUGAAUCUCCAGUCAGAGCAGGCUCCAAAAGAGAAAAUGUUCACAUUCCAGAUAAUCAACAGCUGAUUGAAGUGAAACGUCAGAAACAAAGUUCAGCAUGUGAAAAUGUCAGCACGACUGUCCAUCUAAGUGCCUUCCCUGAAGACUCAAAUGUAACGGAUCCUAAGCUGAACCAUUCUUCACCUGCUGUUGAGGAUCUGAGUUUUUCAGGGGACUCUUUGGAAGGACAGGAAUCUGACCAACAACCAUCACAAUACUUGGACUUGGAAGAGGCUAACUUUGAAGAUUCUCUGGAACUUCUACGCCAGCCUGCUUCUGGUGUGGAAAUGAUGGAGACUUCAAACAAUGUUGCACUGCCAUCAGAAGCCAGCUUGCAGCCAGUACAAUGCCAUUUGUCAUCUUCAGAAAACAAUUUAGAACAUGCUGAUCCUAGUACUGACCAGACUGUUUGUACUGAAACCAUGAAACCUGAACAGGAAGACAACAGUAACAGUGAUUUUUCCAUGGAUUCCAUCCAAGAUGCCAAGGAAAAACUAGAAACCCUCCAAGAAGUAUUGCAGCAACUUAAGCCCAAGUCUUCCUCUAAGUCCAGCUCAGGAUCUAGUGGACGGCGUACAAGACAGAGAGCUCACUUUAGACAUCACACCAGUUUAGAGUCAGACUGCUCAGAGCAUUUCUCAGAUGACUCCUUAGGAUCAGAGCCUUGUUCUAAGCCGUCUUCCAGACCAGGGUCUGCAUCCAAACGUCGUCGACGUCCCCAGACCAAAGCCCAAGAUACACCUGUGAAGAAGAGUAAAGCGAUGAGCUCUGAGGAGUAUGUCACAUCUGACAGUGACGGUGUUUACUCAGAUGAUUCUCUCACCUACUCAGACAACAGAAUCCUGAGCAAUCCAGACAUGAGCACGGUGGUCACCUCAGAGAGUGCUGUCCAGGAGAUAGCCACUAUUGCCAAUUCUAUACAACACCUCACUCAUGCUCUAAACUCCAGAAGAUCAAGUAUGGACAGAAGCGGAGAUCGGGCUGAUUCUGUGCCCAAAAAUAACAUCAGCUCACAAGAGAAAGUUUUACCUCCAAUGACAAGCUGGUCAAGUUCUCCAGAAAUCCAUAAGCCAUCCUUCCGAGAUUCUGCAUCAGUGAGGGGAAAAUCUGAACCACCUGAUGGUCAAUCCAGCCUACUCAAAUCAAAACUGAGUCGUUUAUCUCGAUCUGUGACAAACGUGAUGACAUUUGACGGUCACACAGAUGACAAUGAUGGAGGUAGCAGAGCUGCUGAGGAUAAGAAAUACAACUUUGUGAUUCAUAGAGAUGAACUUAAUGUUGUGUACAAUGUUCAAAGGACUGAGUACAACACAGCUGGUUUACGGCCAGUUGAAUACACCGUUCCAAAAAAGGCCGUGGUUUAUACUGUUGACAACAGCUUACAUGAUUUCCCAGAAUCUAUAGAUAUCACCCUGACAGAGACAAGUCGUACCCAUAGAGAGGACAAGAUACACACCACUCACACAGAGCAGGUGCUCUUUAAGAUGCCUGAUAAUCACACCUCUGGCGACGCCCAUGUUACAGAACAUGGUUACCUAUCAUCUUAUAACUCUCAUUACAGUCAAGUCAGUGAUGGAGGAAAUGUUAGCAGAGAAAGUUCAGUUGAGAAAACAUUUAAGGAUGAGAAUACCAACAGCUAUAUCAAAUGUGACAAAUCUUCCGGAGAAGGAGAUAUUACAAAGAACACUGAAAGUGAACCACUGCCCGCUUCUCUCGCUGAAUCAGUUAAACACACCAUGGAAACUCUCUCCAGAGAUAAAAGAACAUCCAACAAAGAGCAAGACAGUGGACUGAGCAUACAAUCAGCAGAAGUCAGUGGGACAUCUACUCCUGAUAUCAUUCAAGGACAUCCAUCUGUGCAUGGGUUAGACCCAGAAUGUUCUGAGGAAGGGGAUAUGAAUGUCAGUGUGAUUCCAAAGGGAGGAGAAGCAGAAUUAUCCGGAAUGACAAUGCCAAUGUUACUGGGUGAAUCUGACCCUGAAGGUUCAGCCCAUAUUAAAGGCCUUGUGGAAUUUGUCAACGCAUUGCCAGAACCUGACGUCAUUGUUAAUCAAGUUGAAGAUUCACACAGUUCUGAAAAUCACACAAAGUCCUGUAACUCACAGUUGUACCUGCCAGUAUUGAUGGCAGAUGAACCAAGUGAAAAUAGUUACAGUGGAACAACAGACAGAAGUAAAGCACGACCUGUGAUAUAUGUUGGUGGAGUGGACCCAUCCAAGACCUCAUCCAGCAGUUUGUCCCUAGACCAGUUAGUACAGAGUGGCAAACAAAUUCUCAUUCCAGUCAGUUCUAACCUGCUACAGACAUCUUUAUCUACAGACAGUGUCAGUCCUGUUCUACACAGCCUGUGUCAUGCGGCUAUUGGCACCACCUCUUCACCUGCAGCUGGCAAGAACAGUCUUCAAUCAACACCUUCCAUGAAGCCACUAGGCCUGACAGUCAACGAAAACAUUACCAGACAACUUCAGUGGACAGACUCCAAACCAGAGUCCGCUGAAGAAGCCUCUGGGUACAGCUGUGAUACCAGUGUGGAUAGUCUUACCAAACAUGAAACAUCUGAUGUGCCUUCCAUUAACUAUAUGAAAGAAGAUGAGGCUGUGUCAAGUGAACUCUGUGUUAACACUGACUUAACUGACAGUAAAGAUAUGAAAAAUGUUAGCCCAUCUAUAGUGGUUGUGAAUGGACAAUCAUAUUUGAAUUUCCGUCCUAUAGACAGUUCACAUGUGAAACAUAGUGAUAACACGGGUGCUGUACUCCAGAUUGCUUCCACAGAGCUACACCAAACCCUGGAAAAUAUGGUAAAGGCGUUAAAGGCAGCUGAAAACCUGGCCUUCCCGCUGCCUGAAAAGAGUUCACGAUAUAGUAAAACAUCUUUUAACUCAGAUCACACAGAACCAAUUUCCUUGUCUCAGCAAGCAGAUACAAAAGAUCAUGUAAACCUUGUGUGUAAAGCAGAUGUUUCUGGGGAUGUGAUUGACUCCUCAGCACACAGAAGCUCUAAGAGAUCGCCUGAUGGAACUACUGCCUUCGAGCACCAGAUGGAAAAUAUUUUUGGUUCGCAACUGGUGUACAUUGAUGGACUGCCAUACAUUCAGAUAGAAAGAGUAGAACAUGUGCCAGAACGUGCAUGUUUCCAGCCUAAGGCACAAGUUCAGAUAACAAAAGUACAGAUAUCUGAAAGGCAGAGCAUUCCAAUGCACACAACAUUAGCUUGUGGCAGUUUUCCUGAGUCUCAGGCAGAGAAUGGUGUCAAGAUGUGGACAGAAACUUGUAACCAAACAGAAACCUCUAUUACAGAGGUCUUACAAGAUGAAGACAUCAACAAGCCAAGCUCACAAAGUCACGGAAAAGCAGAAGAAUUGUGCGCUGAUACUGAAUUCAGAGCGAGUAAGACAGAUAGUACCCAAGAUACGAUUGGUAAUGAGGCCAAGCAGAGUGAGGAUACAGACAACACUAAUGAAUCACAGAUGUACAAAGAGACAUGUCCACAACCCAAAAAUGAAUCCAAGCCAAUUGAGAUUAUAGUUAAAAACAAAGAGGAUUCUCCAUCUUCAAUAGGACCGGUGAUUUCUGAAAGAAAGAAAGAUGUUGUUUUGAAGGUGAAGGGUAAUGAUGAUAUUGUAUUAACCACUGAAGUUCCCAUAGCAGCAUCUGUGGACCACCAAAUGGUACGAAGGGAACUGGAGAAGAGAAUUGCCAAGCUGGAAAAGCAUGUGGGUCGAGUGAGUGACUCUGCCAUCAGCUCGGACUACACUGAUGGAGAAACCACAGUUCUGUCACCAAAAAGCAGUAGGACGUUUGACACUGAGAGAAAUGUAGCAUCAUUGAAGAAAGUAUUAUUCCCGCACGACCUUGCUCAGCUCUCAGUCCCAGACACCUACACUGUUCAGGUUGGGCUAGAAAGGACAGAAGGACAGUCAGUUAAAAACCUGUCCAGUAGGCCAGAACCAGACUCUAGUAAGUCAAGAUCAGAUACUGCGUUGGGCAUGGUGGGUGAAACAAAAAGUUUGUAUCCCCUUAAAACUGAUCUGAAUUCAGAAGAAAUUGACGCCGAUGCUGAUUACCUUGUCAGCUUUAAAGAGAGAAGUAGAGGUCCUCUGUCACCCACAACUCCAGAUUCAGCUCUGGGAUCUUCAGUUUUCCAGUCUGAAGAAUCAGGUAACUCAAACCUGGGUAGUACCUUUUCUGGGUGUGGCAGAUUGUUUGACAGCUUACCUAUUCCAUUAGAUGAAAGUCUGCCCCUUAAUAAGUCUGACGAAUCCAGACGGAGUAACCCACAGCAGAAAGGUGUAGAACUUCAGAGCAACCCUCCUGUGCAGAAAGUAGGCCUCCAACCCAUGUUUAAAGCCAUGUUUCAUCCAUGCAGGUCUGAUCAGAAUCUGACACCAGCAACUGAAACAUCCUGUAGAGUGGUGAAAGGAGCUGGAGAUCAACAAGAAAGUAGUCAUGGGGCCAGUUUUGAACGUUCAAAGAAUAACCAAUCAGUGCAGAACAACUUUAUCCCAAAUGGUGAUUCUUGUAGAAAGAAGGAAAGGUCUUCUGGAUUGAAGAAGGAAGGACAUGUUAAACAAAGAUUCACAGGGCCUCAUAGACAAAAACAUCCAUACACCAAGUCCAUGAGAGACACCCCAACUAGUGAUGAUAAAGUUGAAAAUCGAAGAUCAAGGCAUAAAUCCUAUUUGGGAGUAGAGAUAGAUAGUAUAUGUAAUCUCCCUAAAGACGAGGAUGCCAUGAAGAGUGGGCAAAUGGAUGGGGAUUGUGGAGAACUGUCCAUUUCAGGUGUCAACUCUUGCAGUACUUUCAUACCUGACACCAACAGUCAUUCAAAUGGACAACUGACAAUGAACAGGUUAUUCACAGUGUUUUCAUCAGCAGAAGAAGCUUCAUCUCAGUCUAGUGAAUCAGAUGAUGACAGAGAUGUUGAGUCUUCAGGCACUUACCAAGCUUUGCCAAAACCGAGAAUUCAAUGUUUGUCUUCUGAUGAACUUACGAAUACAGCAUUAAAUCCCUCUACUGAGGAAUUAGUAUCAGAUGGCAAUUACAUUGUGAAAAAACAUCUCAGACAAGAAAACAAAGGAAACAAACCAAACCUGGUUCUUAGCACAAAAUCUGAGGAAAGUAAGCACAGUGGUACAACUGGACAAACUGUUUACAUCAUCCCUGAGGAUGGUUCUGUUCUCAGGUCAUUACAGUUAUUCAUGGAGCAAGGAGAUCAAGCCUUAUCCUCAAGUGUAGGAACAGCGCAGAGGACUGAAUCAUUCCCACAGAGUAGUCUUCUGACAACAUCAGCUCCUGUGAACAUGUUUCAAGAGUCAAGCUCGUCAAAUGUCAGAUCCCAUGGCACAGAGAAUGUGGCACUGAACAACAGUGAUCUUACAAGGCAACAGAGGAAUAAGGAUAGAAGUACACCAGGAUUUUCCAAUACUGAUAUCCAAGGAAUAAAUUAUGAAGAAGGAUCUGUGCUUCAGUCACUGAGGGACUUCAUGGAUUCUGGAUGUGAGGGUCAGCUUCAUGAUGGUCUCUGUGAAAGUCCAUUCAAGAGAAAGGGUAUUAUUAGAGGACAAGUUGAGGCUGAAAAUACUCAGUCUGGAGUGGGUCUUGAACAACCAGCAAAUGACUUGAGAACCUCGUACCAAAUUCAUGGGCUCGGCACAUCUGUAGGUCUUCCUCAGUACAUGCCACAAUAUCACAAAGACAUUGUUGAUGCAUCAGAAGUACCAGAUAAAACAGAUAGUGUCGCCAGUGGCUCGUUUUCAGCAGAAAAGCAAGAUCUUAUUACCUGUGGCAUCGUCUUUCCUAGAGACUCCAUGCAACUUGUACGACAAAACUCACUUGGUGCUGUUGGAUAUACACCACAGAUCUCAUCUAGAGCCAGUGAUGUUAACAUUGGUUCAAGGGCUUUAACAGAACAAGAUCAUGUUACUCAUGGCCUUGGCUUGCCACAAAGCUUCUCACCAUAUGUACCACAGAGCUCACCUAGUAUUACUGGAUAUGCCUCAGCAAUACCAUAUAGAACUGAUGUCACCAGUGGUUCAUUGGCUACACCAAAACAGGAUAAUCUUACAAGUGGCCUCAACUUGCAGCGGGACUCCACACAAUAUUUACCACAAAGCUCACCUGAUUUUAUUGGAUAUACCUGGCCAAUACCAUAUAGAACUGAUGUCAUCGGUGGUUCAUUGGCUACACCAAAAGAGGAUAAUCUUACAAGUGGCUUCAACUUGCAGCGGGACUCCACACAAUAUUUACCACAAAGCUCACCUGAUUUUAUUGGAUAUACCUGGCCAAUACCAUAUAGAACUGAUGUCAUCGGUGGUUCAUUGGAGGAUGGCAUUACACAUGGCCUCAGGUCGACUACAGGACGUACACCUGUACCACAAAACUCACUUGGUGUUGUUGGACAUACCUCACAAAUGUCAUAUGGCACUGACCAUGUCAGAAGCAGUUCUAGGGUUUCACCGGAAGAGCAGGAUCGUUUUACCCAACAUGCACAAGAAAGGUCAUAUGGUAUCAUUGAUAAUACUCCCAGCUUACCAUUCACAACUGUUGAUGUUGCAAGGAGCCAGUGGGUUUCAACAGAACAACAGAAUGAGUCUGGAGGCUCCUUCCGACAUGUGCCUGAAGUCACAUCAGGUAGUGUUCAGAAUACCCAUGAAUCACCAAAUAAAACUGUUAAUGCUGGUAGGAGCCCAUGGUAUUUAACAGAACAGCAUGAUUAUCAGUCUUCCCAGGGCAUUACUCAAAAUCCACAGACUUACAAUAAUUUUCCUCAAGUUAAAGACAAUUAUACAGAACUUAAGCCCAUCACGUUGACUCAAUCUGAUUUAAAUGAAACAACUGGAGUUGACAGCAAACCAGUACCAGCCAAGCACAAUACUGCCAGCGCUAGGCCAUUGAGCAAAUCACCAAGCAGGCGUCCAGGAAAGACGAGUUAUAGAAAAGCAUCGAACUACGACUCUAGCUCCAGUGACUCUGAGCUUGAAAAUAUCAGGUUUCAACUGCCACAUCACAAUUUCAGUUACCAUGAUUCAGACUCUGAUCCUGAUUUAGAUCGUGUGGAUCAGGCGAUCAAAGUGGCCAUGAUUUUAGCAGGAAAUGAGUAUGCUGGAAGACAGUCCUCAAGUCUCAUUCGCAUGACAUCCCCUCGUUUGUUGCGCAGUCCACCGACAGGUUUACUUCAGCUUGUUCCCUUAUUUGAUGUAAGGUACCAGCAGAACCACUCACCACCCUUGCCUCAGAGCACGUAUUUGAGUGAAGAUGAAAACACAAUCAAGGUUGUGCCAACAUCCCAAGUGCCAAAUGACCAAAACCUUGAUCAGGACUGGAUUUUAAGACAUAGAAGCCAAGGAGAUAUGGAGCCUUGGCAAACAUUCAGUGGCCAAGUUGUGUCUCAGAAAGUGAACGGCAAAGUUUCUGUUAAUUCAGCUCUCUCCCAUUCAGCUGGGAAAAAUGUUGAUGGCAGAUUUCACCAGCCUGCAGUCACAAACAAAACAACAGCAUCUGGGGUGAAAAAAGAUGCAUUACCAACACCAGACAAUAUGUAUGAUGGUCAAGCUCAUGAUGCAGACUGGAUCAACAGGAACAGGUCACAAGCAGACACUUUGGAUAGCUGGAAUACUGUAAGUUCUCAGUCUUUCUCACCAACUGUGUCUGGCCGAACUGGUGUAAGCAGUAAUGCAACAGGACAUUUACCAAACGAGCGGAAAAUUAAUGAAGGACAUUUGCACAACAGCUCAACUCAUCCUGAUGGUGCUAGUUUGAUGAAUCCACAAGGAAUUUCUGGCGAUGUCCCUGGAUAUGGCAUUCAACCAGGCACGACCAAGUUAUCUGCUGCUAACGAAAUUCAAGCUGACAAAGAUUUUGAUGCUAGAUAUCACCAGCCUAUAGUUCAAAACAAAGAAACCGUUGGGGGACAAAAAGAAUAUCCAUUAUCUAGACCAGACACAAGAUAUAAAGAUCAGAGAGAGGAUGCAGCCUGGAUCAACCAAAACAGGUCACAAGUAGAAAUUCACGACAGUUGGAAUACAUUAAGUUCUAUGCCCAUUUCACAAUCUGUGUCUGGCAGAACUGGAAUCAGUGUAGGUUCUGUAGGUCAUUUUCCUGGGGAACAGAACAUUCAGGAAGAAAGAAAUGCACCUAGCAGGUCAACUGAUUAUUCGCAAGGACAUCCUUUUAAACAAGAUGGAUAUAUUGAUCAAAGUGAAGACUCUGAUUGGAUCAACAGAAAUCGACCACAAGCACCCAUUCCUGACAGCUGGAACACCAAAAGUUCUCAGCCUAUUUCACAUAUACUGUUAGGUGGAACUACAGUUGACUCCACAAGGAUGGGUCCACAAGGAAAUAGUAUACAGAUACCUGGUUACAGCUCCCUAGAUGAAUCCCAUAGAAUGGGAGUAAAUUCCAGUUCAGUGAACCCGUGUGACGAGAGCAAAACUGUACCAGACAUAGAGCAACACGACAAAAAAGAUUAUUACCCCAAUGGUGAUUCAAGACAUUUACAAGGACCCUGUAAUGAUCAAGUUGAAGACGCUGACUGGAUUAACCGAAACAGACCAGAAAGAGAGAUUCCUGGAAGUUGGGUCACUCAUAGUUCCCAGCCCAUCUCACAGACAAUUGUGGGAAGGACUGGAGUUGGCCAAAGUUCAAAUGACCCAUAUGUCAGCAGCAAACCUAUCCCUCAGGGAGGAGAUAAAAGAUUGAAAAGUUUUAAAGCUAAUCAGAACAAUUAUGUGCAUGGCGGAAGCAAUCACAGCCAGCUGCCUUGUGCCAGAGGUGUGGAGUAUGACACUCCUGGGAAGGAUCAUGCUCAGAUUGCAGAAUUCAGACCUCGGGAUAUGGCUGUUGCUGACUGGUACACUCCAAGAUCCAUGACUUUAUCUGAAUCUGAAGCAAAGGCAGUCCGAUUUUCCAAUGCUGACAAAGGAGAUAGCAGUGCAGAUAAUGAAUCUGGUGAUUAUGUUUUAGAUAGCUUACCACACUCCAGACACAUUCACCCUAUCAAAGACAAUGGAUUACAGGAUGGGAGUACAGGGUUCGGUUCAAGUCGGCAAGAUCCAGAUAAAGAUGAAUAUCACAUGGGUUCAUUCAGCAACCAAGACUCUGACCGGGAAUGGGUGUCAAGGCAUCGUGCUCCAAGAGAUCUUCCAGAAGACUGGACGACAUCAAGUUCACAGCUGCUCUCUCAAGAAGUGUUAGGCAGGACUGGUGUUGUAGCUGACAGUUCAGGCAUAGGCGGUGAUCUGGAAGGUAUCCCAGUGACUAUCUCCACAGUGCCUGAAGUUUCCAAUGUUUCCAAAGGAGGUCCCAGUAUUUUUAAUAGCUUUGAUGGUCAUGUUUUGGAUAAUUUACCAGGCACAAGUCAAAUGUGCCCAUUGAAAGACCAAGAGCUGCAGGAUGAGCAUGCACAAUUUGAUCAAAGUCAGCAAGGCCCAGAUAAAGAUCAGCAAGGCCCAGAUAAAGAUGAAUAUCAGACGGAUUCAUCAAACCACCAAGACUCUGACCGGGAAUGGGUGUCGAUGCAUCGUGCUCCAAGAGAUCUCCCAGAAAACUGGACAACAUCAAGUUCACAGCUGCUCUCUCAAAAAGUGUUAGGCAGAACUGGGGUUGUCGCUGAAAGUUCAGACAUAGACAGUGACCUUGAAGGUUUGCCUGUGACAGACAGUGCAAAUUAUCUUAAUGGAGGCCACGAUGAUGGUAGGACGUCAGGACAUAAGAGGUCAUCACUAGCAUCAGAAGAUGAGUUGACAGAUUCAGAUGCACAAGGAAAAGACAAAGACUGGAUAGCUCGAAAUAGGGUCUCUAGAGACAGUGCUGAACCAUGGAUAACAAACAGCUCCCAUCUGAUUGGGCAAAAUGUGACAGGGAGAAGUGGUGUUGUUCCAGAGUACAAUGAUGAUACCAUGCAAGAAGAGAAACAUCAUCAACUUAAUACUGAAAACACAGGGGUAGAAACACCAGCUAGUACCUCAUCUGAUGAAGGUAUAGGAAAAAGCUGCCAGCUUCUAGACCAUAACUGGAUUUUGAAUAAUCGACAUCCUGGUGAAUUUUCACCAGCUUGGAGGGCAGAUUCCAGUCUCAUGUCCUCGUGUGUCAACAAUGUUAUAACUCACCCAUCAGUGGUUGACACUGACAAUAUGGUCAAACCAGAAAGUGUGACGGAGCUGGAUCUUUCACCUAGAGGGACUAAAGCUGAUAGUUUGACUGAAUCCAGCAGUACCUUGGACUUGGAUGGCCAACUCUCUGACCAGGACUGGGUAAACAGAAACCGUAAGGUGACUGAGUUUCCUGAUGACUGGGCAACCCACAGCUCUCAGCUUCUUGAUCAGACAGUGAUUGGUCGGACAGGAGUCACUGUUGAACCUGAAUCUGAUUCAUCUGGUGCUGAGGACUUAGGUUAUAGAGUAAGAGGAAGAUCUCUCUCUGUAGCUACAUCAGACACAGAUAGACAUCAAGUAAAUCUGCCCGAAAGAUCACAGUCUGUAGACGAUGGAGAUUACAUAAAAGAUUCUGAUGGCAGAGCCUUAUCCAAUGAUAGUAUUACUUGGGUGUUCAUUGGACCAGCUGAACAGCACAAUAGGAGUGUCCAAACAGAAGGAAGCUAUCACGAUGAUUCUGAAAUGGCUUCUGCUGACGAUGAAUCAGAAUCUGGUGAUCCACCCCUGAGACAUAAGUAUGGAAUUGAUGACUCUAUGUUACCACUUUCUGAGAGGACCGUUUCUGAUGACAAUUUACCGAAGUAUUCCAGAGAAGAUGUGAGGCGACCACACUCUUCAUGUGGUAUUUUAAGAAACACAAUGAAGUCACCUUCGCCAGAAAUAGAAAACAUCUUCCCCAGCAAGCCUCCAGAGGAAGAUUACUCACCGACAAUUGAAGAACAGUUGUGCUAUAGUACAGCUGUUGAUGACCAUGAUGAGGUCAGAGUUGUGACUCGUGGAGUAUCUCCAAGCAAGCUGAGUAAAUCAGGACGCAGGCAUUCUGCUUUCUUGAUGGAAGACAUUCCUGCAGUCUCUGAGCCUGUUGAGAGCAAAGAACACAUCACACCCUCCCACCAUCAGAACCAGAACAUAUCCAGUUCUCUAGAAUUUCAUGCUACUUUGCCAAAGAUGGAUCGAAGCACAUCCACACACAGGAAGAAGAGAUCAAAGUUGGUUUCCAGAGGGAUUCAGUCUGAAUCUUUUGAAGAGGAUACAAAGGAGAGUAGUCCAGUUAAAGAAUACACUAUUUCAGAUACUCAGACGGAGGAAUCUGACUGGAGGGGAUUGUCAGAUUUAAUGCUGGAAACUAACAGCCUGCUGAGAAAUCUUAGUGAAAGAAUCCCAGAUCAUGAAUCUCCCAUUACACCCAAAGAUGCAGCACAGGUGGAAAGUCUGUCUAAAACGGUCAAGAUCAAAGAUACUUCAAUACAAACAAGUGACACUGAGGAUCACUCUGAUAAAGUAGAUUCAAUGGUAUCAUCGGUUGAUUCCACAACACAGACUGUUUUGAAUGAAUCAACCCAGACAGACACUGUGGCGUCCGUUCUCUCAGGUACCCAAACCGUGGGAACUGAAAUUGCGAACACAGCAGUACAGACACAAGCAGAAGCAGCCAGAGAACCAGAACAGUCAAAACUUGAUUUCACUAUUGACAUGUCUGUUCAGACUGAUGAAGGAGUAGAUCUUUUCUCACCAAACUCCUCCUUUAAUCUCACCGGCUCAUUGUUGUCAAGUGAGUUUAUAGUGGAUGACAUUCCUGAUCUGGACAUCAGCACCGAUAUUCAGAGUUUGAGAGACGAGCAUGACAGAAUGAUGAGUUUGCUGAGGAGAGCUAGAUCUGCCAGAGAAGCUAGACAAGAGGCCCUGCGUAAAAGGCCUGCAAGAACACCUCUGCCUUUACUGGAAGAGGAGCAGCUCACACCACGUCCCUCUCCAUCCCCACCAAGCUCCAUGGAUACUCCCAUGCAAUUGCCAGCAAUCCCUACAUUUUCACCAUCCUCUCAAGUCUCCCAAACCAGAGCCUCCCAACUCCAAGGUGACACACCAAAGCCCAGGCACAUUACUGUCAUCAAUAGUGUGGAUAGGGACAGAGAAGUAAAGCUUGUUUUGAAUAUGGGGUGUGGUGAACCAGGAGCACCAAUUGCUGAAAUUGUGUUGAAAGAUAACUCAAAUGAGGCUCCCUCUUUUGUUGGAGACUCCUCACAGGGACUGGUAGCAACUCGAGUAUGCAGGGAUAAAACCUCAUCAACAACUACAUCAGUGACUACAGAUGGGGAAUCAAUUGAUGGGAUGCCAGAGAUAAAUGUUGUUUCAAGACAGGUAGAUCAUAGGCCUGCUGUUAAUGAAAGGGCAAUAUCAACUGACAGGAUGCCAGAGAUAAAUGUUGUUUCAGGACAGGUAGAUCAUAGGCCUGCUGUUAAUGAAAGGGCCAUACCCAUUAAAAUUCAACACCUGGAAACAACAUUUCCCUCUGGAGGAGGAAGUUCCCAAGCUCAAAAUUUAUCAUUCUCAGAAAGCCAUAAGGACAAUGUUGACACCAUCAAGAAGGCAGAGGAGUGCAGGUCUGUUAAUGGAAGACAUGGUUAUGAGGACAGAGGUCAUUCUCUGCCAAAGAAGGAAUCGGACCAGAAUCGUCCUGAAGUCAGACAACAGAGCUCUGAAGUCCACGUUUUGCAUCCAAGUGAACCUGCAGUCAAGGUAAACACAUACUCUGAGCAGAGGAAAAAUAACAGAAAUAAAAGCUCUGCACAAGGUCAGGAUUUCAUCACAUCUCCACAGCGUAAUCUAGUGAAUGACAGCAAUCAGGCACAACUGAAAAACUACAGCGAAGACCGGAGCAUAUCAACUGACAAAUCAGUGAGACAUAUCCUAAACAGUUCUGAUGAGUUCACCCAGACUGACUUUGACAUUGUUAACGGUCACAAGGACACAAAGCCAUUAUCAGGGUCUCUACACAGUAAAUGUGUCGAAGGUAGUGACACAGAUCCAAUCAGCAUGCAAGAUGAACUGGAGAGGCUUCAACAAGAACGAGUCGAAAUCCUAGAACUUCUGUCUUUGAAUUACCUGCCGUCCAGUUUGACCAUUGAACUGUUAGAGGCGAAGCUGAAUUAUUGUAUUGGACAGACGGACCUAAUCUUGGCGUCUAUUGAAGAAACUUGGGAUGCUGAUGGAGGAGAUGGUGCAGCAGUGGCUGAAUCAGAAAAUCACCAACAGGAUGUGAUUACAGAAGAUUACAUCCUACGAUACAAAGAGGACCUGGCCAAGUCCAAGAAGACUAUUGCUAGUUGCAUGGAUAGGAUGGAGAGAAUACAGGGCAGAGGCCGAGGUCGAACAAGGACAAGGAACAGCGACAUCACGCAGAUGAGAAGAAAGGCAGAAAUCGAAGCUUUCAAGCUGGAGCGAAUGAGGGAGCAAAAUGAGUUUGGAAGAACGCGUAGUUUGAGCCCCUACAAGCACUCCCAGGUAAAGUGCUCACCAAACACCACUUAUCAGUCGGCAGAUUUGGAGCUGGCUGCAGCAUCUUCUGAGACCUCCCUCAUCAUGAGUCCAAGAGAUCACAAAGAUUAUCUGGUGACCCUGCGUAAACAACUCGUGAGAGCUGUGGCAGAAGAUGAGAUGGAGAGGCAGGAAAGAUCAUUCUCUUCUGAUACCCACUGGACUCCACGUUCUCUCAAUUCCUCUUUCCGAUCCUUCUCUUCUGGAUUAGACUAUUCCAGUAGCAGAGAAGUGAGUCCAGAAUUCAGGAUUUCAGAUUAUUUGUACAAUUUUGAUGUCCCAAGUGUUUCAAACGGCGUGUCCUUUAGUGCUAGGAGUAACAGAGAAAUGUCUGCAACUGCAAAUGCAGUAAUGAAGCAAAGAGCUGAAGGUAAAAUGAUGGAUCAUCAACAUCAGCACCUAGCUCAUGACUCCGAGAAACUACUUGAAGAGUAUCAAGAGAUGAGGCUGCGAGCAAGCUCAGAGAUAUCCCAGGCCAGAGAGACACUGAAACCCAGGCCCAGGCCUCUAUCGCCACACAAUACACGCUCAUCUCGUCAGGCUGCCAGUUCCCAUGUUACUCACCAUGCUGAGACAUCAGGCCCUCUGUCCAUCUCUAGAAACGCUGUGGAUGAGGAGCUGAAGAAGAUGAGGCAGGCUUACAGUCAGCAAUCCUCCCCCACCCUCCGAUACCUGGACCGCAGGGACACCACAUCAUUAACACGCAGAGGAAGCAGCUUGCCAGGUAGACCAUCUCGACUAUCAAGAAGACCAUUAUCUGCAGAUCAUAGUUACUCACGGCGGAAACAGUCCCUUAGCUCCACGGGAACCCUGGGCCAGUCAUCGUACCACUCCUAUACAGAUUACGCCAAGAGUGUUCUUUCUCAUUCGGAAAGAAAACUCCAUCAUUUGUCCCCCAGCAGCACUGCUAUUCCCAAGAGGUCCACGUUUGACACUAGACAGACUUCUCCAAUUCGCAGACCAUGCUCAGCUAAAGCAACAACAUCAUCAUCAGCAGCACAAUUUGGUGUUAGCAAGCCGUCUCCCAGGAGUCAUCCUGACAGUGUCAGGCUUAGUUACCGGAGCUCAUCUUCAGUGUCAGAGGCAGAGAGGAACCGGUAUGCUCGAACUAGACCAAUCAGCUCAGCAGAUAUUAAAUCAAAAAUUCAGUGCAAGGUCAAACCAUCCAGACACUGAUAUCAUGAAGGUCAAACCACCUUUGUACUCUAAUACAUUAGAAUGAGAUGCAGUAUUGGUUGCUAGGAUAGUUACACAUACUUCAUUUUUGUAAAAGAGAAACAAAAGGCUUCUAAUAAGGUAAAAUCUGUGAUACAAAACCAAAUGUGCCAAAUGCAUUGCCUUACAAAUCUUAUGAAAACAUUCUUCUGAAUAAAAGUGUCCAGCGCACCCAACAGAGGUGUAAUAUACCUGUAUUGUAGAUAGAUCAAAUAACCAGUGCUAGGUUUGGGUUUAUUCCCAUUGUAUAUAAAUGUAUCAUAUUGUAAACUAAGGUGAACAUGCAAAUAUAUUUUUCUGUAAAGAUGAAUAUAAAAUUAAUUUUCUCAUGUGUAAGAAAAAAAGCAUGACUGACUUGCUACAUGCAUUGUUAUUACUAUUUAUUGAGAUAUAUACAAAUUACAAGUGUAUUUGACUGAACCACUGUUGGUUGUUUAGGAUUCAGAUAUUUUUAUAUCUGAUAAUGUUGGUUCUACACACUCUUUUCGGAUUGAGAUCUGUUGGAAGCUUUAUAUUGCCUACUUUGUGUUACAAUGUGUUUUGUGUAGUGUUGAUAUUUUAUUUAAUAUUUAACCUAGUCUUUUUUUUAUUACAUUUACAUGUAUCGGAGUAAGUGACCAUUUCUGUCAGUCACUUAGAUGUGCUCUUGUAGGCUGGCAGCUACAAUGCUGUAUGGUCUACACUAGCCACCAAACACCCACCCAAGCAGCCAUCCAGUGUGGGUGGGGGACACCCACACACUGUUGGGACACCUACCCUAUGUAGGUCUUAUGUGACUGUGGCAUAAGUGCACCUUGCCCCCUAUAACCAUUGUACCUCGGCUCUGUCUUGCCAAGGUAAUGUCUACCAGACUGAUGGCCACAAGGCCAGUUGUAUAUUAGGAUGUAAUGAUAAAUUAAAAUUCAGAAAAAUUUAUUUUACCUAUUACUGUGUAUUUAUCUGAAAUAAUUGUGAGUAGCACAAAAGGUACUUAUGGUCUUAACUGUACCAGUUAUGUAUACCAUUUACAUUUACUUCUGUAAUAUUUUUGUUAGGACGUAAGUUUAAAUCUGAAAGUUUAAGAGAACUAUAUAUUCAAGGUACUUAAAGGUUAAGUAGUGUAAUAUGCUUAAUUGUGUGUAGUGUAUAUCCACUUGUACUGUGUUCUUAGGCUGUGUUCAUAUUCAACGAUCAUGGAAAUUAUUAUUAUUAGAGACACAGCAUGACUGUGGUUGUGAAAUCCCUGAUAUAUGCCUGUUGACUAAAUGUACGCUGGUGCUUGUACCUGAGCACCCAACAAAAGCUGCCACGAACGGAUAACUACCUUGGGAAUAUUUUUAUACAUAAAAAUUAUCAGGGAACGUUGCUUGUACAUAACUGUAAGUAAAGUGUAUAUAGAUUCUCUUUGUAAAUUAUAACACUGUUAGACCAUUACUUCAUUUAUUAUUUUUCUAUUUUGUUACAGUACUAUGAGGUUGGAUGUCAAGUCCUUUGUUAGUGUAUUUAUGUCAUAUACCUAUUAUUUUGUCUAGCUUGAUGAAUUUGAUAACAAAAGUCUGUCAAAGCCAGUCCCAUAAUUUUUUUUUUUAUCUACAGUGAACCAGUAAGUGGUAUCAUUAUGUCAGCAUCUAUGUGUGAUAAAUAUUUUAAUUUGGCCCAUAAGAUGAAAAGUUUGUCUGGUUUACAUGGGCCAGCUAUGUCUCAAGAAAGUUCAUGAUGUAGUUGAAUAAAGAUUUAUCACAG